CCGCCUCACUUCUCUUCCUCACUUUCCACAACCAAGGUUUCAGUCCUUGACUUCCUACCCUCCAGCUGCACCCUGAGUCCCCCAACUCCCUUUAACUCUGCACUCUUCCUAUUCCAGGGCACCUCACAUUCUGCAGGGGUUUGGGCACGGGUCCUCCCGCUAUCUGCCCCACACCCAGGGAGUGGCCCCUCAGAGGAGAAGCCAAAGUCCCUUGGAGGGGGACUGGAUGGGACCCCAAAGGAUCGGACCCCCAAAACCUCCGUUCUUGCUCCUGCCUGUUCCCAGGGACACCUUUCUCCACAGUGUCAGUGUGGAUAGCCGAGGAAGGAAGAGCUCACCCCAGCUGGGUUCCUGAGCCGGGGCCAGGGCUCCCGUUUUCACAGGCGCGCUCUCCUCUGAGCAGGGCCAUCCUGCAUGCUUAAUCGGCUAUUUAAGGAGCUGUUCGCCAGCAACCCAGGCAGCCCCCCCUCCCCACGUACACCCGUCCAGAGCCACCUUAAAAGCAGGAGGCAAUUGGAAGUAGCUGGCCAGCAAGUGAAGACUGCAAAGAGAGGUAAAAAGAGAGGGGGCUGAAAGAGAAGCAGCGAGAGAUUUAUCCUGGGACCAGAAACUCACGGUACCCCCACUGAAAACCAAACCCCCUGGAAGCCCGCAGAGACACAAAGACAGCAAGAGAGAAAGACAAAUACAUUCAACUCCAGGAAGCUCCUGUCCUCCCCCCCAACCCUCUCUCCCCCUCUCUCUCUCUUUCUCUCUCUCUCUCUCUCUCUCUCCCUCUCUCUCCCCUCCUCUCUCUCUCUCUCUCUCCCUCUCCCCUCCCCUCCCCCUCCCUCUCCCUGCCCUACUCCUCUAGUCCCCAGGCCCCCAGUACCUCGCACUCCUCCGGGCACACCAUGUUGUUCUUCACCUUCCUGCUAGAGGUGCUUUGGACCCUGACUGCCAACGGGGGUCAACACUGGACGUAUGAGGGUCCACAUGGUCAAGAACACUGGCCCGCCUCUUACCCUGAAUGUGGAAGCAAUGCCCAGUCCCCCAUCAAUAUCCAGACAGACAGUGUGACUUUUGACCCUGACUUGCUACCUCUGCAGCCCCAUGGAUAUGAACAGCCUGGCACUGAGCCUUUGAACCUGCACAAUAAUGGCCACACAGUACAACUCUCUCUGCCCUCUACCCUUUAUCUGGAAGGACUUCCCCGAAAAUAUGUAGCUGCCCAGCUCCACCUGCACUGGGGUCAGAAAGGAACCCCCUGGGGGUCAGAGCACCUGGUCAAUGGCAAAGCCACAGCUGCAGAGCUCCACAUCGUACAUUAUGAUUCUGAGUCCUACGAAAGCCUGAGUGAGGCUGCUCAGAGGCCUCAGGGCCUGGCUGUCUUGGGCAUCCUCAUUGAGGUGGGUGAGACUAAGAAUCCAGCUUAUGAACACAUUCUGAGUCACUUGCAUGAAAUCAAGCACAAAGAUCAGAAGACCUCUGUGCCUCCCUUCAAUGUGAGAGGGCUGCUCCCGCCGCUGCUGGCGCAGUACUUCCGUUACAACGGUUCGCUCACCACUCCGCCCUGCUACCAGAGUGUGCUCUGGACGGUCUUCCAUCGAAGGGCCCAGAUUUCCAUGGAACAGCUGGAAAAACUUCGGGAGACACUGUUCUCCACGGAGGAGGAGCCCUCUGAGCCCCUGGUACAGAACUACCGAGCCGCCCAGCCUCUCAAUCAGCGGAUGGUCUUUGCUUCUUUCAUCCAAGUGGGACCCUCGUAUACCACAGGUGAAAUGCUGAGUUUGGGAGCAGGAAUCCUGGUUGGCUGUCUCUGCCUUCUGCUGGCUGUUUAUUUCAUCGCUAGAAAGAUCCGGAGGAAGAGACUAAGAAACCGGAAAAGUGUGGUCUUCACCUCAGCACGAGCCACCGAGGCAUAGACUCCUUCCUGGACACUUCAGAUGCCUUCCACUUGCUCGGCUGUCAGGGUGCUUGUCAAGUGAGGCGCUGGGACUGGCCAGGAAAUAAUGUAGGAGUAGGCCAACACCCCUCUUUCCUCCAGACAGUCCCUACACAGAAGUAUGGACAGGCUCUCAUUCAAGGAUGACCAACAGAACCUUCAGCCUCUUAGAACAUGGAGAUCAGGACAGCCCUAUGGUGACAAUGCAGAGGGUCAACUGUGUAUAGUUGUAGGGGGAUGUGGCCCACAGUCCCCCGUCCCCUUUAUAGCCCUGUCCCUAGAUAUAGCUGUAAGAUCUCCCCUUAGGAAAAAGGGUUGCUGCUGUUUAUUUUGGGUUUUUUUUUUUUUCCUCAAUAUAUUUGGAAAUUAAAGCUGCUGACCCCACGUCUGGCUUUACUUCUGGA